AUGCACGGCCUGACCAUAGUCAAGUCACUCCUAGUGCGAGUGUUUCUUAUAGCUCAUGGACUUAUUUGUGCUUGGCGUGUUGUCGAUACAAAUGAAAACCAAUAUUGUUGGGUUAUACUUGUUGGUCUCGGAUUUUUACUUGUCGAAACUGGCAUUGUUGUUUGGUUACGAAAUGGACGUGAAUUUAAAACAGUUGCCUUCUGUAUCAUAUUCUAUUUGACAUGUUCAGCACCAUCACUUUGGAUAAUUCAUGUUGAAACAGCUAAUAGAAAAUUAUAUCGUCUUGCAGAAAAUAAACUUAGUGCUAGAGUACCUCUACCAUCAAGUUAUAUUCGACAACGAAGUUCUCUUUCAAAUAGUACAUUAUUGUCAUCUGAUCCAUCACGUAUACGACGCGUAUUACCAACAACUACACAACUUAUUCUUUCUAUUGGACAUAUUGAAUGCCAUGAUAAAGCAUGGUACUAUAUGGAAGAACAACGUUGGCUUGAUGCGAUACAAGAAACUUUACUUGUUGUUCUAUCUAUAAGUCGUUUACUUAUAAGUCAUGAACAUAUGACAAUAGAAAAAAGUGGAAUUGUUCUAGUUGUUACUUUAAUAAACGUUGCUGAUCUAUUAUCUAUAUCACAUUCAUUACAAUAUCAUGAUGUUAUCAUUGAACGAAUUUGGAUGUAUAUAGGUCUUGUUCUUCUUACAAUAGCCUUAUUUGAAAUGGCAUUUAUUGAUACUGAUGGAUUAACAUCACCUUCUAAUGAAAUAACAUCAUAUUAUCCUACAAGACGAUUACCAAGACGAAUAAAUUUUCUUAAAGAUAGAAAUAUAUGUCCUCUUUUUCGAUCUUUAUUUAUUCAUGAUGGUCUUCUUCUACUUUAUCGAAUAUUUUUAGCUACUAAUGUUCGAUGUAGUAAACCAUCAAUAAUAUUGUUUAUGUCAAAAAAUAUUCUUAUGAUUUCAUUUCAUUGUUAUCGUGUAUAUAAUAUAGCAAAAAAAUAUGAGAAAAAAAAAUCAUUUGAUGCUUAUGAACUUUUAAUAAGUACACCAACAUCAUCACGUAAUUAUCAUCAUAAAUUAUAUGGAUAUGAUCGGCAAGGUAAAUUAACUCAAGAACAAAAAUUAUUACAUCGAACAAUACGUCAAUCACCAUCAAUUACUCAUCGAAGAAUAACAAAAACACGACGAGCAUUUCGAAAUUUUACUCCUGAUUCUAUAUCAUAUCCAUUUGCACGACGUCGAAAUGAUGGUGGUCGAGCACGUACUGCAUUUGCUCUUUAUGGUUUACCAUUUCCUACACCGCAAAUUCCUCGACCGGCAACAAUUUCUUCAACUUCAAGUCUUGUUGCUAAAGCUUUAGUUCAUUAA